AUGAAUCAAUGGGAAUGUGAGCUGAAGGAUGAGUCGAUGCAGCACAGUCCAAUCAGUUGCUGGCCUGUCACACGUUUCUUUCGAGUGUGCAAAGACAAAAAGGUCACUUUUUCGGUAGAGACCACGGCUUGGGAAGGGAAGACUAGCGGCACGUUGCCGCCUCCCAGCAGUACUCACAAUCAGAGCACGACAUUCCAAUGGACGAAUAAUUGGUCAGAGUCGUGA